CAUCGGUUUCAUAGCACUAGCUGGUAUAAAGAUGUCAAAAAACUUGAGGAUGUUGUAAAUCGUGAUCGGCUAAAAAGAUGCAUAUGUCAAGAUAACGGAAUUUUUCUCCUUGAAGUAUGGUACGAUGAAAAGCCAGAAAUUGUCAUUCCGGAAAGAAUACAAAAAAUUAA